AUGGUGGGGAAACGCACAGAAGCUAUCUAUAUCGGUAAGGCCCCAAGCCGCCCUCAGCUCAUAGCGAGUCCACUCCAACCUUCGAAAGUGUUCCCCGUGUCCCCUCCACGCUACAAAAUAUGCUUUGUCAGACCCUCUAGGAACGGCGAAGAUGAUGCGAAGACUGCCUUGGAAGCCUUCAAGAAGUGCAACAAUGGUGGCACAAUUGCCCUUGACCAGCAAUAUACCGUCUGCACGCCCCUCGAUCUUCGCUUUCUGAGACACGUGGAUGUAGCUUUAACAGAAACCGUAAAGUUCUGUGAUGAGAUAAGUCGUUGGGUUCCUAGGAAUUUUCAGUUCCCUUUCCAGGAUGGCUCGUCAUGGCGGCUCUGGGGUGGCAAAGAUAUCAACCUGUAUGGCCUCGGCACUGGUACAAUCGAUGGUAAUGGGCAAUCUUGCUACGACGCCCAUGCUGCGAACUCAACUAUCAAGCAACCGCUGCUGUUUGUGAUAGAUGGCUGGCUGGGCGGUUCGAUCACUAGUCUGAAGAUGCGACAGUCUCCCAACUGGCACAACCUCAUUGCGAAUAGUUCUGACAUUCUUGUCAGUUACAUUAACGUCUACUCUCGCUCAAAUUCAAAGUCAUCGCCAAAAAUCUUAACUGCUGGGACACAUAUCGCAGCAACAGUAGGCCCAAAUCUUGUAAUCAAAAACAGCUACACAGAUCACGAAGACGACUGCGUAUCUUUCAACCCCAACAGCACCAACAUUGCUGUCCAAGGCCUACUCUGCAAUUCCUUCCACGGCAUUUCCGUUGGCUCCCUUGGCCAAUACCCAGGCAUCUUCGACAUCAUCGAGAAUCUGUACAUCUGUACAUCUAUAACGUCUCAAUGA